GCCCAUCAUCGUGGAUGUUCCAGGCGAACUGUUCGUUAAGUUUAACAGUCACUAUGCGGCAGAUAUUGUAUCGCUUUCAACACAUACUGAGACAUUUGCUUUUGUGAUGGCAUUAAACUACAACACAUUCAGUCGUCUUAUCAUUGGAGCGCACACCGCUGCAGAGGCCUGCGUAAAGUUCUGCAGGCCAGUUCAGCAGGCAUGUGGGAGAUACCAAAUGUGUCGAUGGUACUCCGGUGUCACUCAUGAAGAAAACAGACUGGAGGAGGUCAGACAGCCUGUGGUCCCAGGUGGUCAUAGACGAGUUCUAAAGGAUGUUCUUCCUUUCUCAAAGUUUCUCACAGACUCUUUUGGACGGAGACACAAUUACCUGAGAAUUUCUUUAACUGAAAAGUGUAAUCUUCGUUGUCAAUACUGCAUGCCACAAGAUGGGGUUAAACUUACCCCUCGAUCUCAGAUCCUAACAACAGAUGAGUUGCUGACAUUAGCCAGACUUUUUGUACAAGAGGUCAACAAGAUACGGAUCACCGGAGGAGAACCUCUAAUUCGCCCAGACAUUCUACAUAUAAUAGCGGAACUUAGGAAGUUGGAGGGUCUGAAGACCAUUGCAGUCACCACAAAUGGGAUGAAUUUGGCCAAAAUUUUGCCUGAUCUAAAGAAAGCGGGUGUGGAUCUGCUAAACAUCAGCCUAGACACGCUGGUCCCUGCCAAAUUUGAGUUCAUCACUAGACGAAAAGGGUUUCAUAAAGUGAUGGAAGGCAUUGAAAGGGCUAUUGAAAUGGGCUACAAUCCAGUCAAGGUGAACUGUGUUGUCAUGAGAGGUGUGAAUGAAGACGAAUUGGUUGACUUUGUGUCACUGACAGAGAGGAAACCUUUGGACGUGAGGUUCAUAGAGUACAUGCCUUUUAAUGGUAACAGAUGGAACUUUAAGAUGAUGGUGAGCUAUCAAGAGAUGCUAGAUUGUAUAAAGCAAAAAUGGCCCAAUCUGCAGCCUCUGCCUGGAGAGGAAACAGACACGGCCAAGGCAUUUCAAAUACCAGGAUUUCAGGGCCAGCUGGGCUUCAUUACCUCAAUGUCAGACCAUUUCUGUGGUUCCUGUAACCGACUGCGCAUUACAGCUGAUGGCAACCUCAAGGUUUGUUUAUUUGGGAAUGCAGAGGUGUCUUUGAGAGAUUUUCUGCGUUCUGGAGCAACUGAAAAAGAACUACUGCAUAUCAUAGGGGCAGCAGUUGGGAGGAAGAAGAAACAGCAUGCAGGGAUGCUGAAUAUAUCCAAGAUGAAAAACCGGCCGAUGAUUCUCAUUGGUGGGUGAUGUGGCUGUAGAGACUGUGCUUGGCUGCUGCCGAUGCAUCCAUUUAGAGACAAUCGGAGACAGACUCUUCUUCUGAUCCACCGCAUGGAACCGGCAGCC